AUGAGCGAGUUGAUCGAGAAUCAGCCUAACAAGCAAGGUGCGCCGGCUGUACAACCUCCUACGGACAGUGAUGGCCAUCCUGUUCGCGAGUGGAUCGACACGCUGCUUCAGGCGGCCGUGAUCGCCAAGGACAAGCAAAAGAAACCGUUUGCACGCUACAAUAGCGUUUGCUCUGCCCACGGUGGGAGACGGCUGUGUGGUGAAGCUGGCUGCGAGCGCGUCGCGCAAUUCGGCCACAAAUGCAGCUCACACGGUGGGAUUAAGCUGUGUAGUAUCGAGGGAUGUCGGCGUGCUGUGCAGUCUCGCGGCUUCUGCAAGACUCACGGCGGAGGUGUGCGGUGCCAACACCCCGAUUGCGCGAAGGGUGCCAUCUCGAAGGGUUUUUGUCGGUCACACGGUGGAGGGUCUCGUUGCGCGGAACCAAGCUGCCAAAAGUGGGCUCAACGCCUUGGAUUCUGCGUGCGUCACUCGAAGGCUGCAACUGAUAAUAAAGCGGAAGCAGUCCAGCCAGAUGCGGAGCUCAUCGCAACGAUUCCGUUGCUUGAGCCACUACCGCCGCCGACUAACAUCUCGACUUAG